GUCGCAAUUGCGAGUUUUGAUGAUAUUAUCCAGAAUGCUACGUCUACGUGCGUGUAGCUAAUUAAAAGAUCUCCCUUUCACUAUUAUAUAUUAUACAAAAAAAACUUUCCACUAGAGUUGCGUUAACACUUGGUUUUUGCUUCCACUUCAUGGAGUUCCCUGAAACCAAUAACAACCCUAUCAUCACUCUCUCUUUCUUAUUAUGCAUGCUUUCCCUAGCUUAUGCUUCCGAAACCUGUGAUUUUCCAGCAAUCUUUAACUUCGGCGACUCCAAUUCCGAUACCGGUGGCAAGGCAGCUGCCUUUUAUCCUCUUAACCCUCCUUAUGGAGAGACUUUCUUUCACAGGUCGACAGGAAGGUACUCUGAUGGAAGGCUCAUAAUAGAUUUUAUCGCCGAGAGUUUCAAUCUCCCAUAUCUGAGUCCAUAUCUUAGUUCCCUGGGAAGCAACUUCAAACAUGGUGCAGAUUUUGCCACAGCAGGAUCCACCAUUAAACUACCAACUACUAUUAUACCUGCUCAUGGUGGAUUUAGUCCAUUCUACCUUGAUGUCCAAUAUUCGCAAUUCCGGCAAUUCAUACCCAGAUCACAGUUUAUCAGGGAAACUGGAGGCAUAUUUGCUGAAUUGGUGCCCGAGGAAUAUUAUUUUGAGAAAGCUUUAUACACAUUCGAUAUUGGUCAAAAUGAUCUUACAGAAGGAUUCUUGAACUUAACUGUGGAAGAAGUGAAUGCAACUGUCCCUGAUCUUGUGAAUAGCUUCUCAGCAAACGUUAAGAAAAUAUACGAUUUGGGAGCUAGAACAUUUUGGAUUCACAACACAGGACCAAUUGGUUGUCUUUCAUUCAUUUUAACGUAUUUUCCCUGGGCAGAAAAGGAUAGUGCAGGCUGUGCAAAAGCUUACAAUGAAGUUGCUCAGCAUUUUAAUCACAAGUUGGAGGAGAUCGUUGCUCAACUCAGGAAGGAUUUGCCUUUAGCUACAUUCGUCCACGUUGACAUCUAUUCUGUCAAGUAUUCUUUAUUCAGUGAGCCAGAAAAACACGGUUUCGAGUUUCCACUUAUAACAUGUUGUGGCUACGGAGGAAAGUACAAUUUUAGUGUUACUGCUCCAUGUGGAGAUACAGUUACAGCAGACGACGGUACCAAAAUAGUUGUGGGUUCAUGUGCUUGCCCUUCAGUUCGAGUAAAUUGGGAUGGAGCUCACUACACUGAAGCUGCCAAUGAAUAUUUUUUCGACCAGAUUUCUACAGGAGCCUUCUCUGAUCCCCCUGUUCCAUUGAAUAUGGCAUGUCAUAAAACUGAAUCAUUGAGGACAUUAGCCUCUGUAUAGGUUAUAUGAAAGUGCUUUGCUGAAAGCCCGCUAAUAAAAUGAGGAAUAAUAAUAAAUGAGAAACCAUUGAUUA